UCAAAACAUAAAUAUUUAGUUAUGUAAAAUAUUAUUUUAUAAUAACCAUAUGUGAAUGUUUAAAUUAAUAUUGUAAAAACGACCUCGGCAAGUUUUAAUUUACAAAAAAUAAUUUACUUGUAUGUUUCGUGGAAUGUUUUCGAUCGGUGUUUUUGUUUAUUUUUGAAUGCAUUUGGUUUACGUCUUCUUAUUUAUGCGGAAGUAAAUAACUGUGUAACAAUGACUAAUUGGUUUAAAUGAAAAUGAGAUCCGUAAUUUUGAAUUCUGUUUUGUUGAUUUUGCUCAGUAUAAAUACACUUGCUGAUGAGUAUGAGUGUCCCAACAAGUGCAACUGUAAAAGGAAUGUCCAAAAAGAUGGAGGUAUCAAAAUUAAAUGUGGGGAAACGGAGAAAAUCACUGAUGUGGAGGAACUUGAAUUUCUAAACAUUGCUAAUGAAAUUGUUCAAUUAAACUUGUCUGAUAACUUAUUAAAGUCAUUUAAGAUUAAGGUAGAGUUAAUUACUCUGCAAAAAUUGGACCUAAGUAGGAACAAAAUUUCCUCUUUGAAGUCUAGGCAAUUUGUUGAAGUACCUUCUUUAAGAAGAUUAGACUUAUCAGGAAAUAACAUUAAGUAUAUUGACACUGAAGCCUUUGCUAAUUUAAAGCAUUUGGAGAGACUGAAACUGAACCAAAACCAAAUUAACUCUAUUAGUUUGGGAACAUUUGAUCCAUUCACUAAUUUAAAGCAAAUUGACAUAUCAGGCAAUCCCUUAAACUGUGACUGUGGCCUAUUAUGGUUAUUAGACUGGACUGCAAAAAAGGGUGUUAAGCUCAUAUCAAAUCCAAUUUGUAAUUCACCUCCAGAAUUUAAUGAUAUUCCUUUGAGGAAAAUUAAAGUUGGUGAAGACAUACACUGUAAAUCCCCCAUCGAAAAUAAUGGAUUUCCCAUGUUAGAAAUGAGACCCAGUGAAAAUCAAGUGGUUUUUGAAGGAGACAAACUUCAGUUACAAUGCAGAAUACCUUUAAUAUUAGACUCCUUUGAUUCAGACUUGGAUUCAAAGAUUGAAUGGAAGUGGCUGGAUUCAGACCCUAAGAAAUACUUUAACGAUAUAAUUUAUGAAAAACAACAACUACCCAGGGAGGGUCUUUCUAUAAGUAUUUUAACAAUAAAGAGGUUAAAACAAAAUCACACUGGCAUAUGGAAUUGUCAAUUUUUAACAAACAGGGGCAACCACUCCAAAGAAAUUACUGUAGUGGUAAUAUCAAAUAACACCAAAUAUUGCCCCAUGACUGUAAGCACUAAUAACAAAGGUACCUAUAACUGGCCAAGAACGUUGGUAAAUUACACUGUCACAAUACCUUGUGAAUCUCUUAAUUUAAACUAUGAUGUAAAACAGCAAAAAGCAUCUUAUUCUUGUUCAAAGCAAGGUGAAUGGAAAGAUCUAAACACCAGUUAUUGCAGUUACAUAUCAGAUACUACAAAAAUACUAGAACAGUUUUCCAAAGUUAACUCCAGUAUACUAGAAAGUGCCAAACAUUUCAGAAAUUAUACUUCCAAUUUAAAACUAUUUAGAGAUGUAAUGGAUUUAAUUUAUGCUGUAACAACUAUUGAAAAUUAUCUAAAAUAUCCACGGGAUAAUUUGGCAGUUAUAUUGGCUGAUGUAGCCAAUAAUCUUUUGGAUUUGCCCAAAAGUUACUUCAGAAAAGCCGAUUUAGAGUACAGAAUUAGUUCUGUAUUUAUAAAUAUAACUGAAGUUAUGGCCAGGCAAAAUUUGAAUUCACAAAUAUUAAAGAGUAACCUAGCCUUGGAAGUAUUUCCGGAAAAGAAGGACGGUUUUGCGGGAAUGACUUGCACUUGGUACAUAAAUCCAAACAAUCAUUUUGAUUCCUUGUUUUCGUGCGCCACAAAUAAUCAGAUAGAUGCUCUCGCGUUCCAAGGCAAAAUUGCGGAAGCUUCAAUCACAAUUCCUGACACAUUAUUCCAUCAAUUACAAGAAGAUUUUGAGCAUGUUCUUCCAAACAAAGCCUACAGUAUUUUAAUAGCGAUGCAUGCCAACAAUAAACUGUUUCCUGUUGAUGAUAAACUGAUGGAAAUGGAAGACAUUACUUCAGCUGUAGUUGGAGUCAAAUUAGUUGAAUUUGAUGUUACCAAUCUAACAGAACCAAUUUACGUGAUGCUUAGGACGCCAGCUUCAGUGACAUACGAAGUUACCCCUUUCAUUCCGGUUUGGUGGAACCCAUAUCUGAAUAAUCACUUAGGCGGUUGGUCUAGAGAAGGUUGCACCUUUAGUCAUGAGCUGCAAGAUCACUUGGUAUUUUCAUGUAACCAAUUCGGUUACUUUGGUUUGUUGCAAGACGUAACGCACUUGCAAGAUGCGCAAGUGGGCGCCAAAUUCAAAUGGUCGCACCCAGCGAUAUAUGUAGGUAGUUUUAUAUUGUUUGCUUCCCUGCUUAUAAUUAUAUUGACUUAUUUAUUGUGUUAUACGACGAUACAAAUGCCUAAGAAGGCCAAACACUCGCUUAUCAACAUGUGGAUUUCGAUUUCUUUGCUGUGUUUUAUGUAUGUGUUUGGUAUAUACCAAACAGAAGAUGUUAAGGUGUGUCAGACUGUGGGUAUGAGUCUUCAUUAUUUAUCACUAUGCUCACUUUUGUGGAUGUGCGUCGGCGUUAAUUGUAUGUACAAAAGACUCAGCAAGAACGAUAUCAUCGAUUUACAAGACGACGAUUUACCAUCCGAUCAACCAAUAGAAAAACCUAUACUUGGUUUGUACCUGGUUGGGUGGGGAGUCGGUUUAAUAAUAUGUGGACUAUCCGCCGCAAUUAAUAUGAAUGAAUACGCAUCGGCAACACAUUGUUUCUUGCGAACCGGCCCUGCUUUAAGUGCUCUAUACAUUCCUUUCGCCAUUUUAAUGAUUUUUCUUAUUAUAUUCUUCCUAUUAAUUCGAUGUGCGAUUUACAAUCUAGACGCUAACGGGCAUUUAAGCGAAGGUACGCAAGCCACUGAACAUGUAGAUUUGGAUUUACUUGAACCCAAUUUUCCCAAUAUGGAAACUGGAAGCAUUAGAAGCGUGUCGAGCAAAACUGCUUCCAGUGAGGUGGAAGACCCCGAGCAUGCACCCGCAGCACAACUAAAAGCUUACAUAAUAUUUGUACUUCUCUACCUAGCAACUUGGCUGAGUUGCGCAUUCUCCACAGUUCCUCCUUUCAACUUGGUCUCAUUCGAAGAAGAUCUCUUUAGCAUAGCGUUCGCAAUCUUAUCGACAACAUUGAGCGCGUUCACUUUGUUCUUCUAUUGCGUUGCCAGAAACGACGUGCGCACGCAGUGGGUCGUAUGCAACAAGUGGUGGCGCGCCAAAAGAAUAUUUAGAUCACGAAAUGUGCACGACACUACCCCCGCUGUACCUCAGAUACAACAACUCCCUCUGCCGCCGAUUGUGGUCAACACCGAGCACCAAGUACUUUCGAGGAGUAGCAGUAGAACUUCGACUAGUCACACCAAAUCAAAUUCACAUAACAGUAAUAUUUUAAAAGGUGCGGUGGAUCUAAAUGGGUCUUACAGCGAUGGUCCGGGUGCCAAAAUCAAUAACGUUAACUUGGUUGUGUUACACCGAGCUCAAUACAGAAGUAAUUUAAUUCCAAAUAUUAUAGAAAAUCCUACAAAUGCAGCCGAGGUAUUCUAUAACCCUCACCAAAGUACUGUUGCCAGAAAGUUCUUUAAAAGGCAAAAACGACAUCAAUUGAAGAAGAAUAAUUUACAGACCACAAGGCCCAGAGAUUUGAACAGCGACACAGCUUCUAUAUUUUCAGAACCAAAGGCACUGCCAAAACAAAAAAAUAGCAACGAACAAAGUAUGUUUGGUACAAAUUCGAAAGUUAACAAUACGAAUAUUCACGUUGAGCAGGUGCGAAAAAUACAACAGACAAACCCGAAUAUAUUUUCGGAUAGCGCGGACGAAUAUCAUUCGUUAAACAACGUACCGAUGGAGAAUAUUGUAAUUAACGCCGAGCGGCUUAGAAGAAAAGAAAUCUUGAAGAAUAAAACCCGUAAAAAAUACAACUUACCCGCAUCAUCUCAAGCGAGCGAUAAAAAUUUAAGAUCAGUAUCGCAGCAGUGCACAUUAGAGUACAGUUCCGAGAACAUAUCCGAUUCGAUUUUGGACAAGGCGAGCCCCGAAAAGAGUUUACUGCCAAAUCAAGUAAGCUUUCUCACGGAAAACAGCGAACAAGUGCCAUCGAUACGCAGAGAAAACAGCCCGAUGGGUAGCCUAAGCGUCACCACCGAAGACUUCAAGAUAAACGACAUACAAAGCAUCACGAGCGACAGCACAAUAAACAACGAUUAUUUCAACGAGAAAUACGACACGUGUCGACGAAACACAAAGCCCCAAAACUUGCCCAGCGAGAUCAGCUUUAGCGUGAUAGAGUCCUCGGUUAGCGGACUCAACGAGUCCAUACCGCGGAUCUACAUCAACCCCUCGCACAAUCUAGAGGGCGUCGGGUCCGGUAGCAGGGCCAGUAGCGUUUCCGUUAGCGAUAUCGACGAACUGUACCAACAAAUACGAAGAGGCCCCGAACCGAAGCUGUCGCGAUCUCUUUACGUUAACUCGCACCAGAGUCCGUGUCUGUCGGAUUCCGAAAUUAAUUCGUAUGUAAUCGAUAAUCAUCACCGGCCCAGGCGCAUUGGUAGUUGUAAUAUCGAUAAUAUAAGCGAUGUAGAAACUACCGUUUGAAAUAUAAACUAAUAUUUAUUUAUUUUGCCGGUAUAUUUUAGAUAAAAUAAUCAAAUUGAUCAAUAAUUUAACGAUUUUGCAAAAAAGUUUUUGCUAUUUUAUUUGUUUUCAUAAAUAUUAGAUUCUUAAUAUCCCAUAUUUU